UAAAAACUUUUCGACCUAAAUGACCGGAUCGGAACCGCGACCGGUCGAAGGUCUGACCGGUCGGUCUGGUCGGUCCGGUCCCAUUUUUAAAACCAUGCACAUGCUAAUGUUUCCCCACUCAAAAACGAAGAGACAAAAAACGAAUCGUACCAAAAUAUCAUCUGAUAUGGCAGGUAUAUGAGUUGUACACCACAGAGGACAGACGGCGCUGAUAGGAUGAGCCCUGGGCGAGUAUACAUCCGGUUCUCCACAGUUCACAUGCCGGAAGCCGCUCCACUCUCUCUUGGCAAUCAUCACGAUGCAUGGAAAAUUUUAAUUUGUAAUAUUUCAACAACGGAAUAUUAACUUUACGAAUAUUAACUUUACGCGUGGCAAAAUAAUUAAGAUCUUGAGUUGGUUGGUGAAAAACUCAGGACUAACCAGUGACCAUUAUUAAGAGAGUUGCAUGUACCAAUUUUUUUGAGGUGAAAUGGGCAGCUUUACGGAGGCAAGCCCUACUGCAAGGAGUCCUUCCUUCUUCAAGGUCAUGAUUGGUGACUUCUCUAAAGAUUUGCGAAUUCCUCCAGCUUUUGUCAAGCAUUUUGAUGGAGUUCUACCUCACAAGUCUUUGAUAAUGAGGGGUCCUGGUAGCAAAGUAUGGUGUGUUUAUGUACAAAAGGUCGAUCGAUGCUUCUUCUUCCGAAAGGGUUGGGGAGAAUUUGUGCAAGAUAAUUUCUUAGAACUAGGAGACUUUCUGGUUUUCCACUAUGUUGGGAAUUCAAAAUUUGAAGUAAUAAUUUAUGGAAAACAUUGCUGCGAGAAGGAGCUCUUGGCAGCUACCGCAAGCAAUGAUGAACCACAUUCGAAGGGAGAUAAAAGACAAGAAAAUGCAAAAAGAGAGAAUGGAGAAAGAGGUAAAAGUGGCACUGGUCCACCACUGCCACUGGACAAAGAGAGACAGAGAAAUGCCUCCUGCAAAGGGAGGGGGAAAUCUGGAUCAUUUGGCAGGUUCAACAGUUCUAGAAAGGGAACAAUGGAUAAGAGAGGCUCCGAGGAACCAGAUGAAUAUAAGAGUGGAGCUGAUCAAAUCCAAGCCAAGAGAAGUGCAGUAAUUCAUAUCAAGUCUGAUAGUUUUAGCUGUGAUGAAAUGGACGAUGACUCCGACAGUUCAAGUGGUGGUGAUGAAUUGAAGACCAAAGAAGAUCAACUUCAUCAAGGGAAAGAAAGAAAAUGUGAGCCUAGCAAGUUAAAGCAGCCCGUCGAAGAAACGAUUGCAGGUGUGCAGUUUAGUCAAGGGACGCCAUGCUUGGGCCGGUUGUCUAACAAGGUUAAAGCUAGAGCUCUAAAACCUGCCAGCAAAUUCGUCUCCAAUUAUCCUUUCUUCAAAAUUGUUAUGCAGUCAACUUAUCUGCAUAGUGGAUAUCUGAGGAUACCAAAGCAAUUUUCCAGCACGCAUAUAAAAGGAAGUUCAAGAAAAGCAAUGCUGUGGGCAUCGGAUAAAUUUUGGCCUGUGAAGCUAUUGGUCUACCCACACUGGUCUUCUGUGCUCACUACAGGUUGGGUGGACUUCGUGAAGGAAAAUGCUUUGCGAGAAGGAGAUGUCUGUGUCUUCGAAAUGGCUUCUUUGAUCAGAACAGCAGGGGAAAAACGAUGGGGAAACCUGGAAGAAAUGUCUCUUUCUCUGAUGCGAAUCCUGAGUUCUUCAAAGUUUAUAUUCCUGAUUUCAGCGAUCAACAUCUGCGCAUUCCACCAGCUUUUGUCAAGGAAUUCAGUGGAAAUAUACCAAACAAUGCCAUUCUCAGAGAUAUCAGAGGGAAGUCUUGUCAUGUAGAGUUGGAAGAAGUUGAAAAGGAUGUGUUUAUUAAGAAUGGUUGG